GCCGCCGCGGCUGCAAUAAGAGAAGUCCGAGGCGGCUUCCUCCUCUGCCCCGCGGGGCGGUCAGAGGCCCCAGCACCGCCGCGUCCCCCACCCGCUCAGACACCCGCCGCCGCCGGGAGCCCACGGACUCGCCCUGGGGUCCGUGGGAAGGGCCUCCGCUGGGACCAGGUCUCUGGCCCCUCCCAAGGACCAUGCUGCAGCCCCACUGACCGAGGAGUAGGGGCCUGAGGGCAGGGCACCUGGAAUGGGCUGUGUGUUUUGCAAGAAGGUGGAGCCAGGGCCCAAGGAGGAUGUUGGCCUGGAAGGGGACUUCAGGAGCUACGGGGCUUCGGACCGCUAUGGCCCUGACCCUACUCAGGCCCGGCCUAUGUCUUCCUUGGCCCAUAUUCCCAACUACAACAACUUCUCCCCUCAGCCCACCAGCCCCGCCUUCCUUGAUGGGGGCACCAUCAGGGCCAUCACAGGGCCUGGGGUGACCCUGUUCAUUGCUCUGUAUGACUAUGAGGCCCGGACGGAAGAUGACCUCACCUUCAUCAAGGGCGAGAAGUUCCACAUCCUGAACAACACUGAAGGUGACUGGUGGGAGGCUCGGUCCCUCAGCUCUGGACAAACUGGCUACAUCCCCAGCAACUAUGUGGCCCCUGUGGACUCCAUCCAGGCUGAAGAGUGGUACUUUGGAAAGAUGGGAAGGAAGGAUUCUGAGAGGCAGCUGCUCUCCGCUGGCAACCCCCGGGGAGCCUUUCUCAUUCGGGAGAGUGAGACAACCAAAGGUGCCUACUCUCUGUCCAUCCGGGAUUGGGACCAGGCCAGAGGCGAUCACGUGAAGCAUUACAAGAUCCGAAAGCUGGACACUGGUGGCUACUACAUCACGGCGAGGGCCCAGUUUGACUCGGUGCAGGACCUGGUGCAGCACUACAUGGAGGUGAACGACGGGCUGUGCCACCUGCUCACGGCGGCCUGCACCACCAUGAGGCCGCAGACGCUGGGCCUGGCCAAGGACGCCUGGGAGAUCAGCCGCAGCUCCAUCGCGCUCGAGCGCCGGCUGGGCACGGGCUGCUUCGGGGACGUGUGGCUGGGCACGUGGAACGGCAGCACGAAGGUGGCGGUGAAGACGCUGAAGCCGGGCACCAUGUCCCCGAAGGCCUUCCUGGAGGAGGCGCAGGUCAUGAAGCUGCUGCGGCACGACAAGCUGGUGCAGCUGUACGCCGUGGUGUCGGAGGAGCCCAUCUACAUCGUGACCGAGUUCAUGUGCCACGGUAGCUUGCUGGAGUUCCUCAAGGACCGAGAGGGCCAUGAUUUGAUGCUGCCCCAGUUGGUGGACAUGGCAGCCCAGGUAGCGGAGGGCAUGGCCUACAUGGAGCGCAUGAACUACAUCCACCGCGACCUGAGGGCGGCCAACAUUCUCGUGGGGGAGCGGCUGGUGUGCAAGAUCGCUGACUUUGGGCUGGCCCGUCUCAUCGAGGACGACGAGUACAACCCCCAGCAAGGGGCCAAGUUUCCCAUCAAGUGGACAGCCCCAGAGGCGGCCCUUUAUGGCAGAUUCACCAUCAAAUCGGAUGUGUGGUCCUUUGGAAUCCUACUCACCGAACUCAUCAGCAAGGGCCGAGUUCCUUACCCAGGCAUGAAUAACCGGGAAGUGUUGGAUCAGGUGGAGCAUGGCUACCACAUGACGUGCCCCCCAGGCUGCCCAGUAUCCCUGUACGAGGUCAUGUUGCAGACCUGGCGUCUGGAUCCAGAGGAGAGGCCUACCUUCGAGUACCUGCAGUCCUUCCUGGAGGACUACUUCACCUCCACAGAACCCCAGUACCAGCCUGGGGAUCAGACAUAGCCAGUCUGGGCAUCUGCCACCUCUCUGGGGGUGCCCACCAGCCCUUUUCAACUCCCAGGGCUCUGGUCCCAAAGCCCCCAGGCUCAGAGCCCUGUAGAGUCCUAGGCUGUCAGAGCAAACAGGUUGCUCUGAUGCCAUCGAGGGCAACCCACUCAUUUUAAAGAUCGACAAAUCGAGGCUCAGAGAUUAUUCCUUACCCAGUGUGGCCUGGGCACUUUUUCUCCCUCCAAUUUAGGACCCUAUAUGCCUCCAGUCUCCCUACUCGCCCCCCCCCCAAAAAAAAGAAAUGCUCAGACCUUGUCUAGUUAUUUAUAAAACUAUAUCCUUUCCCUUGCCUCCCACCCGUGCAUUCCUGCCCUGCCAUCCCACCCUGGUCCAGGACUCCAGAAUUCAACUCCAUUCAAUCUCUUGUGUCUGUAAGCUACAAAGAGAGGGAAAAACUUCGCUGGAUCCCUUUCCUAUUGGAUGUACCCUGUAGUCCAGGACUGGGGUCCAAGGCCCAGAUUGAGAGAGGAUUGCUGAGGGCUUACCACCCCCCCCCCCCCAGUCAUGUGUGUGUGUAUUGAUUUUGUAAAUAAGAAAAAUGACAAUGUGAAUCCA